GUAGUACGCGCCCCAGUCCAGCCUUCAACCCGGCGUGCUCUCCUAACCGGCUUCUACCUUGACCUCAGUUCAGACCCCUCAUAACCACUGGGCACCUGGCUAGAAGCUACGCUUGGCAGACUUGCGACAAUGUCGAUGCUGGCGGAGCGUCGGCGGAAGCAGAAGUGGACCGUGGAUCCCAGAAACACUGCAUGGAGUAAUGACGACUCCAAGUUUGGCCAGAGGAUGCUGGAGAAGAUGGGGUGGUCUAAAGGAAAGGGCUUGGGGGCUCAGGAGCAAGGAGCCACAGAACAUAUUAAAGUUAAAGUUAAAAAUAACCACCUGGGACUUGGAGCUACAAACAAUAAUGAAGACAACUGGAUUGCUCACCAGGAUGACUUCAACCAGCUCUUGGCAGCACUCAACACUUGCCAUAGUCAGGAAACAGCAGAGUCCCCAGACAACAAGGAAAAGAAAUCUUUUAGCCUUGAAGAAAAAUCCAGAAUCUCCAAAAACCGAGUUCAUUAUAUGAAAUUCACAAAAGGGAAGGAUCUGUCCUCUCGGAGCGAAACUGACCUGGAUUGUAUUUUUGGGAAAAGGAAGAAGAAGAAGCUGGCCCAGGACAGCUGCAGCAACUCCACUGCGGAUGAGGAGGACAGCUCCACGACCAUAACCACAACCAGUGCCUUCACCAUCCAGGAGUAUUUUGCCAAAAGGAUGGCCCAGGUAAAGAACAAGUCACAGGCCUCAACUCCAGGCCCUGACCUUUCCGAGGCCGCUGUUGAAUGGGAAAAGGAGAAGAAAAAAACCAAAGAGGCCCCAGGCAUGGAUGUGGAGAACUCUCCCCAAAGCAAGGCCAAGCAGCAUAAAAAGAAAAGGCGUGUGGAAGCAGACAGGGGGCCUGCAGCCAAGAAGAGGGACCGAGCUGAGCUGCAGCCUGCAGGCCUCAGUGAGGAUGAGUGUUCCGAUGUCUCUGUCAAAGCUGCACAAGAUUUUGUGCAAACACCAGACAGCCAGGAUGAUGCCCCAAAGCCCAAGAAGAGGAAAGCAAAGAAAAAGCUACAAAGGCUAGAACAGAUAGCAGUAGACACCACCCUAGACAAAGCACCUGAGAAAAAGAAGAAGAAAGCUUCCAGAUGACCUCUCACUUGCCAGGGCCUCCAACCCCUGGGCUGUCAGCACACUGCAGGGCAGAUGCUCUCGCCUAAAAUCAGGGAACCCCAGGCAGCUCAGCAUCUUUUAACAAGCCCACAGGUUGCUGCCUCUUCUCUGCUCACUACAUUUCCCCCAAGUCACCUUCCUGGAAGAACUGAUUUAAAUGUUCCAGAUCAUGGCUUUCAAUAAACAAAUAGAUUCCUUUUUAAACACUGAGCCUUUC